AUGUUCAUUUUGAUGGGAGUCUUCUUCUUCAACAUUCCACUUCUCAUGACAAAUUACAUUGAUCCCAUGUGCUUUUGGAGAAUAAACCUGAAUGAAAUCAAGGAUACAGCUUUGAAAUAUACUUGUUCCUUCAUCCUUGGAGCAGUUCAGAAGCCUAUGGAGAAAGAUUAUUUCAACCAGACUCUGAAUGUCCUAAAAACAACUAAAAACCACAAAUAUGCUUUGGCAUUGGCGUUUGCAAUGGAUGAAAUCAACAGGAAUCCUGAUCUCUUACCAAAUAUGUCUUUGAUUAUAAAAUAUAAUUUUGGCCAUUGUGAUGGGACAACUAUGACAAGUACACCCUAUUAUUAUCAUCAGAAGGUCUAUAAGCCUGUUCCUAAUUAUUUCUGUAAUGAAGAUACUAUGUGUUCCUUUAUGCUUACAGGACCCAAUUUGAAAGAAUCAUGGGAAUUGGGGCUUAUCAUGGAUAUCUUCUUUUCUCCACAUUUCCUUCAUCUUACCUAUGGACCUUUCCAUUCCAUGUUCAGUGAUGAUGAACAAUAUCCCUAUCUCUAUCAGAUGGCCCCAAGGGACACAUCUCUAGCAUUGGCAAUUGUUUCCUUCAUACUUUUCUUCCACUGGAAAUGGGUUGGCCUUGUCAUCCCUGUUGAUGAGCAAGGCAAACAAUUUCUCUCGGAGUUGGAAAAAGAGAGUGAAAACAAGGAAAUUUGCUUUGCUUUUGUGAACAUGGUACCAGUCGAUGAGAUUUCAUUCUAUCAAAAAACUGAAAUGAAGUAUAAACAAAUUGUAAUGUCAUCCACAAAUGUUAUUAUCAUUUAUGGGGAAACACACAGUAAUAUUGAAUUGAGCUUCAGAAUGUGGGAAUCUACAGUUAUAAAGAGAAUAUGGAUCACCACAGUACAAAUGAAUUUCCCUACCAGUAAGAAAGACUUAACUCAUGGCACAUUCUAUGGGACUUUUACUUUUCUACACCACCAUCGUGAGAUACCUGGCUUUAAAAAGUUUGUGCAAUCAUUGUGCCAUCUCAAAAGAACUGAUUUAUAUCUAGCAAUUCCAGAGUGGAAGUACUUUAACUGUGAAGCUUUAACAUGUAAUUGUAAAUUACUGAUGAAUUAUUCAUCUAAUUCAUCAUUGCAAUGGCUAAUGGAACAGAAAUUUGACAUAACUUUUAGUGAUGGUAGUCAAAACAUAUAUAAUGCUGUGUAUGCCAUGGCCCAUGCACUCCAUGAGACAAAUCUGCAACAGGUUGAUAAUCAGGCAAUAGACAAUGGGAAAGGAGCAAUUUCUCACUGCUUGUUGAUAAACUCUUUUCUGAGAAAGACCCACUUCACUAAUCCUCUUGGGGACAAAGUGAUUAUGAAACAUAGAGUAAUACUGCAGGAAGAUUAUGACAUUUUUCACUUUGGGAAUAUCUCACAACACCUUGGGAUUAAGGUGAAAUUAGGAAAGUUCAUCCCAUAUUUUCCACAUGGACAACACUUUCACUUAUAUGGAGACAUGAUUGAACUGGCCACAGGAAGUAGAAAGAUGCCAUCUUCUCUGUGUAGUACAGAUUGUAGUCCUGGAUUCAGAAGAUUCUGGAAGGAGGGAAUGGCAGCCUGCUGCUUUGUUUGCAGCCCUUGCCAUGAAAAUGAAAUUUCUAAUGAGACAACUGUGGCACUUUGUGUCUUUGUGAAGCACCAUGAUACUCCUAUUGUAAAAGCCAAUAACAGAAUCCUCAGCUACGUGUUGCUCAUGUCACUCAUGAUCUGUUUUCUGUGCUCCUUUUUCUUCAUUGGCCAUCCUAACAGAGUCACCUGUGUCUUACAGCAAAUCACAUUUGGAACUAUAUUCACUAAUCUGCACUCGGUGUGA